CAGAGCACUGAAAAACGGAGUGGUGCUGCAGGUACUUCCAUAAAUGAAAAACUAAACCAUCUUUCCGUUAUUACGAUGCAAUGAGUUUCCUUAAUGAUACAAUGGAGUAUAAAGAAACAUAUACAUCUUUAAGAUUCUCAAAGAACAAAGACACAACUCAAGUAACGAAUAACUUUCUUGUUACUUCACCUUCCUGUUCAAGUUCCUCUACGAAUGACAUUAACGAUGACGUUAAUUCAGAAAACAGGCCACCUUUACCGCCAUCACCCGCCAUAUCUGAAUUGUCUGCAGUGACAUCAUCGUCUAAAAAAAGACGAUAUUCAAAUAAAACCGACGAAAUAGAUAGAGCUUUAUUAGAGGCCUUAAGCACGCAUGUUCAACCAAGCCCUAUUGAUGGGUUUAUGUUACGACUGGCGGAAGGAAUAUAUGCGCCGACUUCCCUAUAG